AUGAACAACGACAUCACAGAAAAAAACCACCGGCCGGAACAAGCGUCCAUCUUGGAUUUGCCUCACGAAAAUGCAAUAUCACCUAUCUUGCAAGCUCUCGCACUACAAUGUCCAGAAAUAACGAUGAUUCAGCUGAGCUGGAAAGAGCAUGAAACAUGUGCUUGGCUGCCUUUACUCAAAAACUUUCCAAAGCUACAGGAGCUUCAUCUGGUGGGAUGUUUCGCUACUGUCGAGGAUGGACAGUUGGGACGGUUUGCGCCCUUUCGUUCACUAAGCCCGGCGUUCCGGCGCCUAAGUGUUUUGCACGUAGCUUAUUCUUGCAUUACUGACCGGUGCUUCGUGCUGAUGUACAAAGAAUCUAGAAUCACGGCCCUGUACUUGAAAGCUUGUCAUAAAAUAACCAAGGCAUGGUUGAUGACCAUUCCUUUACAUCUUCCAUUGCUUCAGAAGCUGACGAUUUCGAACUGCGCCCUUAUAUUUCCUGAAAAUAUCGAGGAGCUGCGUCGCAUCAUGCCGGGGCUUGAUAUUAAAUACCAUUGA